GCUGCUGAGGAGUCGGAUGCUACAAAAACUUGCCAGCGGAGAGAUGUGAUCAGAUGAACAAAGAAAAAGAAAGACACUGCCAAGAGGAGAAACGAUAGCGGUUUGGCAUCAAAUACUAGGGUAUUUAUUUUGGGAAGAAUUACAUCAUUGUGUGUAAGGCAUAAGGCACAAUAUGAGUCUGUGAAUCCUGCAGAAUUACAAGAGCAGCAAUGGCUGAGUUGGAGAUUGACAAAUCUAACCUCCCCCGCGUCCUUGAUGUGUGCCACAGCUUUGCUGUGCUUGAAGAUGGAGCAUUGGCCCAUAAUUUACAGGAGCAAGAGAUUGAGCACUUCUACAACUCCAACGUCCAGAAGAACCAGCUGGUGCAGCAUGACGUGCGCAUCGCCAGGAGACUGCAGCAUGAGGAGGAGGAGAGAGGCCAUCCCAACCCCAAUCCCAAACCCAUUCCCACCGCCAUUCCUAUAGCCAUUAAACCCCGUAGAAGGGAGGAGCAGGACUUUGAGUAUGCCACAAGGGUCCAGGAGGAGAUCCUGAGACAGGCUGAGGAGACCCGCAGGAGAGAGGAGGAGGACGAGGAAAUGGCCAAGCGGUUGCAGGAAGAGGAGGCGCUUGAGAUCAGGAGGCAGAGAGCGGAGGCCGGGUGCCUGGAGGACGCUCCACUCAGCGAAGGUCUGAUCUCACUGCAGCUGGAGGUGCUGAGGCAGGUGCAGAGGGAUGCGGAGCUGGCCAGGAGACUGCAGGAGGAGGACACAGAGGAGGUGGAGGAGGAGGAGGAGGAGGAGGAGCGGGACAGAGACACACAGAGGAGGGGCUCGCAGCCACCCGACUCUCCCCAGACAGAAGGGCCGGACAUCAACUUCAGGGCAGCACAGGUGGCCCAGGACGAGGAGAUAGCCCACUACAUGCAGCGGCACCAGAGGAAGGGGCACAGGAGGCCCCGGGACCCCAGCGACAGGCAGUCCAGGAGCCUGGAGCUCAGCUCUGAGGACAGAGAGACGCCCGACAGAAAGGUGGUGCCACUGCAGUUGCCAAGGGAACGGCUGAACUCUCAGGGGCUGCACUCUCCCGGAGAAGAGGGCUCACCUGAACACCAGACAAGCAUACCAUGCUACACCAUGCUGCAAACACAGCCAAUCCGCAACAUUGCAGAGGAACUGGACCCAACCUUUCAGGCCAGAAAGAGGGACAGUCAACUGAUGGCCAAUGCUGCCUCCCCAGAUAUUUUCCUGGUGAAUCGCACGCCCCAUUCUGUGUACUAUGACUACCUGCCCGAGCCUGCGUUCAUCCCGCCGACCAAGCGCCAAAGCGACAAGUCGGGAGGACGGCACAAAGCCAAAGACAAGAGGGAAAACUGUAAGCAGCAGUGAACGGACAGGGCAAUACCACGGCUUACUACUACAUGGUGAAGUGUGGACCGUAUCUCUGGGAAUUACACCUGCCUGUCCUGGGUCAACAUAUAGUAUUUUAAGCACAUGUUACAUAAGAUAUAAGACGCAUAAGAACUUGGGGUUGGGUGGUGCUGUGUACAGGAACACAUACAGUAUUUACCCAAUUUAAGGAAAAUACAAAUGUGUUCGUAUUUGCUUGGCUCAUUUCACUGGUCCAUUCGUGACUAAUUUAUACUGGAGACUAAGAGGAUUAUGUGUGGUGUACUGUUUCCUCAGAGCGUUCUUUUUGUUCCGUGGUCAAAAUUCAGCAGAGGUCUCUAAACCCAGGUAAUCUCAGUAUUAAUGGAAGCUGGGGAUUUCUAAACUAACAAACAAUAUCUCAAAGGCGCUUCAAAGAGGAUUGAGAUUUUUUGGUUAGAGGAUUCAAAGGAGGGCACAUUGUAAGGGCUGGCUUGCAGGCAGUGGCGUAAGAAUUGCACACAAGGCUCCAGAGCAGUAGCCAGGCUGUGCCUUCCUAGUGACGCAACACCUUCAAUGUUGCUUCUAGUCAGGUCAAGAGCAAUGCAAGUACUUUCUGAGCUCCCGAAAAAUCGGGAACUUCUCCCACUUUGUCGGGAAGCAAACAACCAUUAGCAAACCAAGAGAGGUGGGUCAGUCAUGUCGUUUGGGGAAAUGUUUAUUGUUAUGCUCUUGGUCAGACCAAGUCUCGAAGAGAUUUGAAAGUCGAUGAUAAUCAGGCUACCAGAGCAGGACACUGAUGGGGCCCCCCAUACAGCCUGUCAAGGUCACAAUAGGGUCCCCACCACCAAAACAGGCGGGCCCUGGGCCCCGGAAAAACAAAUGCCCUGCCCACUUAUAGUGCCGCCCCGGGACGCAGGAAAUGCAGCUGGUUUACAGCCCUUGCCAAUCAGUGAAGCUGGGAGUCAAUCAUUUUUUUGAGAAUGUUACAUUGUAGACUCUCAGUAACAAGAUCCAGUAUUAGUGUCUGUGUUACAUUUCCAUCUUAAAAUAUUUUGAGUUACUCUACAUUCAAAGGGACACGCUUCAUGAAUUGCAUACAAAGUGUAUUUAAGGAACAUUAACUUCAUUCAUACCUUCAUAUCUGUCAUACAUAUCAAAAGGAGUUUCUUAUAGAUGAUUGUUAUAUAUUAGCUCUGAUACACAAAAUCUUCUUUUUUACUUCUAUUUUAUUUCUUUUAUCAGUGAUAUGCUAUGCACUGAAGAUAUGUUUCAGUCAAAAGUGUUUAUGUUGUUUUGUGUUUGAGUUAUACGAAACCUGUACCCUGAAAAGUAGGGUAAGCAACAAUACCUUUUAAAAUAUUUUUUUGAUGGUUAUUGUACUGAUACAAUCAUUAUCCUUACUAAUCAUCGUUGCCAUUUUCACAUUGAUCUAAAACAAUGCUUACAUUUUCUUUGUAAUCAUAUUGUAUCAUGUACAGGUCUCUGUUUUUAUUAUUUUGUGUUAUGUGUAGUAAAUUAUAAAAGGCACUUAAAUAUGUUUUUGAAAGCAGGAUAGGUUGCCAAUACCUCAACGUGUUGGAUAAACAACUCUUCAGAGAGCACAUUUGGUACGUCUGUUUGCUGUGUAAAUCUUAAUAAGUAUACUGAAAUUAAGGAUGGCUUGUGUAUUUCUUAACGUGACAGAAUGGAGAGAGUGCAUGAGAAAUUUGAUGGACCUUCUCAAGCAAUAUCUCUUUUGCCUACCUGCAUCAUGUAUUUGUUUACGCCAAGUUGCAUCUCAUAUAUGCUCAGUACAAUUGAAAUAAAGUCAGUCAUGACACA